AUGUCGAGGUCCGCAAGUAAAUUUUCAACUUUGAAAGCGAAAUGGUGCAAGCAUGCAUUGGACAAAAAGAAUGGCAUAUCAACUGCACUUUAUCUUUUUUCGAAACUCUUAAAUGUCAUAAAUAACAUAAUACAGCUCUACAUCAUUGGACGAUUUAUUGGUUUUAAUAAUUUUCCUUUGACUCUCACUAAAAUGCAAUUUACAUCAUCAUACUUUCCACUCAUAACAUUCUGCGAUAUGGAACGACAAACUUUAGGGAAAGUAGAGAUAAAUACAUUUCAAUGUGUUUUGAUGCUUAAUUUCAUCAAUGAAAAAAUCUUCUUUAUGCUCUGGUACUGGAUAUGUUUGCUAUUUGUCUUAUCAUUAACAGAUUUUAUAAUCACAUUGGUGCAAUGUUUGCGGCCACGAUGUCGUGAAGCUUUGAUAAAAUUCUAUCUGCAAGAAGGUGAAUUCGAUGACAACUACUUUUUGUUGUUGAAAGACAAAAGAUAUCUACAUAUUUAUAUUAUGGAGUUUCUUGGCUUGGAUGGAGCAUUGUUAUUGCGUUUCAUUAACAAUCACGCGGGUAUUAAAGUUACACGAGAUAUCACAGUCGGUUUAUGGCACUGUUUUCGUGGUUUUUAUCAGGAUUCCAAGAACUUCCACAUAUCUGAAACUUCCACGAAUUUUCACGCAUCUCAAGAGAUCUGA